GUGAACCAGUGGUGUGAGUCGGGGGUGUACCUGCUGGCCUCUCAGGCAGUGGACAAGUGCCAGUCCCAGGAUGGGGCUGAGGCAGCGCUGCAGGACAUUGAGAAGUUCCUGGAGAUGGCCAAGGAGAACCAACUGAGUGACCUCAAGAACAUCCACAACCAGUAUGAGCUAGUCCUCAAUGCUGAAGUCAAGGUAUGUGCAGUGCUCCCUUAACUCACUCAUGGAAUGAGUUGUCAGCCUACUGAUGAACAAUUGUUCUAUUUGUUGACCCCUUCUGUUGUGCUUUCCCUCAGGCCAAUGUAAAGAAGGCUCUUAAGAGGCUGGACGAUGUACAGGAGAUGUUUGAGAAGAGACAGGUCAGUCUGAAGAAGCUGUCGGCCAAACAGACCCGGCCCGUCCAGCCUGUGGCACCCCGGCCUGAGUCCUCUCCCAAUCGCCCCGCGCUUCCCAAAACACCCAGGACCACCGGCCCUGCCCCUGGUAAGUCUCCCCACGUUGACCUAACCACAAACUUUACCUGCCCUCAAUACAAGACCAUUGAUGUAGAGCCUAUUCAUUGCUAUUCAAUCUGAAAGAUAGUCUAUAUACUUUACUUGCCAGGAAGCAGUAAUUUUCUAGUUUUAGACAAAGCAUAUGUUUAAAACCUUAUAUCCUGAGACCUUAGCCUUGUAAAGGAAGUCUAUUGUAUUCACUGUGGAACUUUACCUACGACAGGAAGAGUACAUGGCUUUGCAUUCUUCCACACAGAGAGAAUGGAAAAAAUACCUAAUGUAUGUUUCAACCAGGAUCCCUAGAUGUCUCUAUGCCUUUAUUUCAAAGAUUCUGCUUUUAAUUUUUAUUUUUCCAAUCCCUGUUCUGUAACCAUUUCCAGCACUCAGUCGAAGGACCUCAGAGAACUCCAGUGCCACAAAGCAGCCCACAGAGGCUGAGCUCGCCAAAAAGAAAAAUUUAAGUCGCAAGGUCAAAGGGAGCCUGAAGGUAAGAUCUGAGGAUCUAUAG